AAAAUAAAAAAUGAAUUUCUUCGUUUGGAUAUGACUUUUUUUUUUAAUGCAUAUGCAAACCAUGUUGUUUAACUUUCACCCUUGAUGUUCUGUAAGAACAAAUGAGGCUAAAUCAUGUCUACAAUUCGUUUAUAAUAAGUUCAGAUUAAAAAUAGAUAGAAAUAAAUGGUAUAUAAGUGGUUAGUACUCGUGGGUCCCACAAAAUAUGUGGAUAAAAAGUGGUUUCAGGUUUGACCGAUCAUAAGCUGGUGCCAAACAAGGGCUAGUUAAUCUAUUUCUUCAAUUUCCUCUUCAAUUUUCUUGUUUAAUCCACUUCACUCGUUUGUGUUAAAUAUCAUAUACAGAAUGGCAGUUGAUAGCAUUUAUUAUCCAGUUUUCUACCAGAAAUUAUCUACCCUAUAGUUUGUAGCUACAUAUGUUAUGUUAUUGUUCUUGUCAAAUGAUUAUUUUGCUGUCAGGGAUAUGGUUUGACGGAAUCAACUGCUGUAGGAACUCGUGGCUACAAUACUUUUAAGGUUCGUAAAUAUUCUUCUGCAGGACUUCUGGCCCCAAAUGCACGAGCUAAAGUAGUGGAUUGGGUCUCUGGUUCUUGUUUACCACCAGGAAGCGUUGGUGAACUUUGGUUACAUACACCUGGUGUCAUGAAAGAAUACUUGAAUAAUGUUGCGGCGACUAUGGCCACAAUCGAUGAAGAUGGUUGGCUACAUACAGGGGAUAUUGUUUGUUUUGAUCAAGAAGGAUACUUAUAUGUACUUGACCGUUUGAAGGAAUUCAUCAAGUACAAGGGCUUCCAGAUUGCUCCUGCUGAUUUAGAGUCAGUAUUGUUGUCUCAUCCUGAGGUGCUUGAUGCAGCAGUAACAGCAGCAAAGGAUGAAGAAGCUGGAGAGAUUCCCAUUGCAUUUGUAGUCCGGAAAGAUGGGAGUUCACUAUCUGAUACAGCCCUAAUGGACUAUGUAGCUAAGCAGGUUACACCGUAUAAGAAGGUGAGAAAGGUGUUUUUCCGAACCUCGAUACCAAGGUCUGCAGCUGGGAAGAUUCUUCGAAGGGAGCUUAGGGCCUUAAUAAAUUCUAAACUGUAAUGCCCUUCGCUUAUAGUUAGGAAGACAAAUUGUUCAGUUAGGCUAUAACUGUGAACCAAAAGGAACUAAUUUCUUGCAGACGAGGAGAAGAGACAAUAUUGUUCCUUGUUCUGUUGUACCAUAAUGUUACACGAGUGCCAUGACGAUCUUGGCUUUGCGCACUCUUUUGAGUAUAAAUGCAUGCUUUUAAAAAGCACAGAGCAUAUUAAUCCUAA